GAGAAAGAAAAUAAAGCCGGGAAGCUUGAUGAAAGCUCUGAUAAGGCCAGGAGCUGGUGAUAAAAACCCAUCUGAUGGUGAUCAGGUUGUAUAUCACUGCACAGUUCGAACACUCGACGGAGUUGUUGUCGAGUCUACUCGAGCAGAUUUUGGGGGCAAAGGUAUCCCGAAAAGGCAGGUUUUGGGUAAAAGCAAGAUGUUAUUGGGACUUUUGGAAGGCAUUCCUACAAUGUUGAGUGGUGAAGCUGCAAUGUUCAAGGUGAAACCUGAACUGCAUUAUGGUGAAGAAGAUUGCCCGGUGGCACUUACCGAUGGCUUUCCCAAGGAUGACGAACUUCAUUUUGAGAUUGAGUUGAUUGAUUUCUCUAAAGUUAAG